GUCACCGUCCACCCUCACAUACGAUGCAAAAGGACAAGGAUGGUUUCUAUGAACCAGUGGCUGCAUCUGCGGGCGAGGAGGCAGAGCCUGCCGACGAGAAUGAUGCGGGCAAGGAGGAACCCGAAACGGACCUGCUUGCCUCAAGCUUUGAAGUUACGGUCACACUCGCCGAUCAACAAGCAGACCCCAAUUCCCCUCUAUUCAGCGCAAAAACGUUCGAAGAGCUUGGGCUACAUCAAGAUCUGUUAAAAGGACUGUAUGAUCUUGGAUUCUCAAAGCCUUCGAAAAUUCAAGAGCGUGCACUUCCCCUGCUCCUUGCCAACCCGCCAAUGAAUAUGAUCGGACAGUCGCAAUCGGGCACAGGCAAGACUGCCGCCUUCGUAUUGACCAUGCUUAGUCGAAUCGACUUUUCCAAAGCCAAGACCCAGGCGCUCUGUCUUGCUCCCUCCCGAGAACUCGCUCGUCAAAUUAUGUCGGUAGUGGUGGCCAUGGGCAAGUUCACGGAAGUCCAGACCGAGUACGCUAUCAAGGAGAGUAUUCCGAAGGGCACUUCGACGAUUAGCGCGCAGAUUGUUGUCGGUACGCCUGGCACAAUGACGGAUCUGCUCAGAAGAAGAGUCAUCGACGCGAGGGAGGUCAAGGUAUUUGUGCUCGACGAGGCGGACAAUAUGCUUGACCAAGAUGGCCUCGGAGAACAGACACUGAGGGUGAAGAAUUUUCUUCCUCGUCAAGAUCUCCAAGUCAUCCUCUUUUCUGCGACAUUCCCCGACCACGUCCGUAAAUUUGCCAACAAGUUCGCCCCAGGCGCCAACACAAUCGAGCUUCAGAAGGAGGAGUUGUCUGUGGACAGCAUUAAGCAGUUCUAUAUGGAUUGCAAGAACGAGGAGCAUAAAUACGAUAUCCUUGUUUCUCUCUACCAAUUGCUCACCAUCGGGCAGAGCAUCAUCUUUUGUCAGCACCGGCACACGGCAGACCGUAUAUCACAACGUAUGACUGCGGAAGGCCACAAGGUCGCCUCGCUCCACGGUGCAAAAGACGCUACCGAGCGUGAUACGAUCAUCGACAACUUCCGGGAGGGCCGCGAGAAGGUACUGAUCACGACGAACGUCAUCGCUCGCGGCAUCGACAUCAUGUCGGUGAACAUGGUCGUCAACUACGACCUGCCGCUGAUGAACGAGCGAGGGAAUUAUCACUCUGGUGAUGCUUUGCCCGAUAUUGAAACGUAUAUUCACCGAAUAGGCCGAACUGGACGUUUCGGACGCAAGGGUAUCUCUAUCAACUUCGUCCAUGACCAACGGACGUGGCAGCAAAUGGAGAUGAUUGAGAAGACGCUUGGAAGGAAGAUCGUUCGGAUAAAGACGGAUGAUUUGGAUGACAUGGAAGAGAGUAUGAAGAAGGUCCUGAAGUCAUGAUCUGCCCUAUAUAGCGCGUACGCGGCCUUGUAAUAUUCAUGUGUAUGCAUAAUUCGGAAACUGUAUUUCUUAACAAGUUUCUCAACGUUGGGGUGAAUGAAACGCGAGAGAAAGACAAAAAUCAGUCCAUUCAAUGUACCUUAUCCAUGACAAAAAUAUGCUGGACUGCGGGGAUAUAUGAAAGAACUGGACAAGACAUGGUGUCUUAUGUUGCCGAAGUUGCAUUGUUGAAGAACAGAGACAUACCGGGGAUGGGAACCUUUUGACGUUCGCUGGGAAGAAAGCUCAAGUUUAUGCUGGGAAGAGGAGACAAGUAAAACCCACAGUUCGCGCACU